CCAGGCAGAGCGAAAGAGAGAGAGAGAGAGCAACGGCUUUGUUGGUUCAAGCUGUUAUCUUCUCUUUCCCUCAUCUUCUUCUUCCCCUCGUCGAUCAUUUGUUCGUGCAUUGUAGCUUUUGUUGAUACAAAAUAGGACAAGAUGAGCGCGGCGUCGUCAACCGGAGGCGAUGACCUCACGUCCGACGAAACGAGUGGUCAAGAAGAGAGGAUUCUGGUUUCGGUCAGAUUGAGGCCUUUAAACGAGAGAGAAAUUGUAAGGAACGAUGUUUCUGAUUGGGAAUGCAUUAAUAAUUCCACCAUUAUAUUCAAAAGCAACAUGCCUGAACGCUCCAUGUUCCCCACCGCCUAUACAUUUGACAGAGUAUUUGGGAGUGAUUGCCUAACGAAGCAGGUGUAUGAGGAAGGAGUUAAAGAAAUUGCUCUUUUGGCUGUCAGUGGCGUUAAUUCAACGAUUUUUGCGUACGGGCAAACGAGCAGUGGAAAGACGUAUACGAUGCGUGGAAUUACAGAAUAUGCGCUUGCAGAUAUAUAUGAAUACAUGAAGCAGCACAAAGAGAGGGAGUUUGUGUUGAAAUUCUCUGCCAUGGAGAUUUACAAUGAAGCUGUUAGAGACCUGCUUAGCACAUCCAGUUCCCCGCUUAGACUCCUUGAUGAUCCUGAGAGAGGGACUGUUGUCGAGGGACUUAUAGAGGACACUUUGGUUGAUUGGAACCACCUGCUGGAGCUCAUUUCCAUUUGUGAAGAUCAAAGACAAAUAGGGGAGACCACGUUGAACGAAACCAGCUCCAGAUCUCAUCAAAUUCUAAGACUGACAGUUGAAAGUUCUGCUCGUGGAUAUUUGGGUGCUGGAAACUCAACCACUCUUACAGCUACAGUGAAUUUUGUUGAUCUUGCUGGAAGUGAGCGUGCUUCUCAGACAUUAGCGGUUGUUACAAGAUUAAAAGAAGGUUCCCAUAUAAAUCGCAGUUUACUGACUCUGGGAACUGUAAUUCGCAAACUGAGCAAGGGAAGAAAUGGACACAUUCCUUACAGAGACUCUAAGUUAACACGCAUACUGCAAAACUCCUUAGGAGGCAAUGCCAGGACGGCCAUCAUUUGUACAUUGAGCCCUGCCCGCAGUCAUGUUGAGCAAUCAAGAAACACCCUUUUGUUUGCAAGUUGUGCUAAAGAGGUGACCACUAAUGCACAAGUUAAUCUAGUAAUGUCAGAUAAGACAUUGGUAAAGAAACUGCAGAAAGAAGUGGCCAGGCUGGAGAAUGAGUUGAAGAGUGCAGGAUCAAAUUCCUUUGUUGGCGAUUCCACUGCCUUACUAAGAGAGAAAGAGCUUCAAAUUGAAAAGAUGCACCAGGAAAUUCAAGAGUUAACUUGGCAACGGGAUCAAGCUGAAUCUCAUCUCCAAAGUUUGCUUGAAUCAUUUGGAAUCAAAGAUCAAGUUUUUAGAAUGGAUGGCCACUCAGCACCAGGAUCCUCAGAAAUGAUCAAUGCUUUUCGUCUGGAUGCAGAUCUCCCAGGAACCAAAACAUUUAAAGAUUUUGAUUAUCCUGGCGCUGUUUCUCCUAACAAGCAAAUAAUACAGAUUCCUGAAGACAAUUUCCUGCUGGAUGGCAGUACUCCAAAAUUUUCUGGGCCAGGUUGUGAGGAUAUUGGCAAAAGAAACAGUGAGGAUGCUAAAGAUAUUUGUGAGGAAGUUCCAGGUACCAUAAUGGUGGAAUCUAGAAGAAAAGUGAAAAAAGUAGCUGAUGUAUUGUUUCCUGUUUUAGAAGAAAAAAUACCCAUGCAUGAAGGUGAAGUGCCAUCCUCACAGGAGGAAGAUAAAGAGUUGAUUCAUAUCAAUUCAAAUAACACACAUGAAACAGUGAAACAAAAAAUUCAGGAAUUGCACGAGACCAUUGAUCAUUUAGAACGAUCUCCUUCAUUCUCUGAUGCAGUUGAAUCUAGCUAUAAAAACUUGAAAUGGACUAGAAGCAAAAGUAGGAGAUCAGUUCUCAUGACUAUUCCAUAUGCUCUUUGGUCUGAGAAAGAAGAAGAUAAUGGAAGGGUAUCGCCUACUGCAUCUGAAAAAGACUUUCCUGAAAGGUCAGAAGACUUGAAGCAAAAGCUUCUUGAACUAGAGCAUGAUGUUAAACUUGGAAACAAGUCUCAAGAAGAUUCUCAAAAUCCUCUUUAUGGUGCAUCGGCAGAAGAAGAUGUCAUAAAAGAUAUAGAUGUAGAUGUAGAGGACACCACCAGCGUCCUUGAUUUUGUUGCAGGAGUUAAUAAAAUGGCGGCCAAACUUCAUUCAGAGAACCUGAGUCGGGAUAUGCAGGUUUUGCAGGCAUCAACUAGGCAUCAUCAUAGUAACUGGCAAGUAAAAUAUGAGAGGUACCGGAGAAAGAUAAUUGAACUUUGGUUCAGAUGUAAUGUGCCAUUGGUCCACAGAAGUUAUUUCUUCCUGCUAUUCAAAGGAGAUCCUUCAGACAAUGUGUACAUGGAGGUCGAGCUCAGAAGAUUGUAUUUUCUGAAGGACACAUUUUCUAGCGGAGCUAAUACUAUAAUUGAUGGUAAAAUCGCCUCACCAGCCUCAAGCUUGAAGGCUCUCAGUCGUGAAAGGGACAUGUUAGCAAAGCAACUGCAGAAGAAAUACACAAAAACAGAGAGAGAGCGCCUUUACCAGAAGUGGGGCAUCCCGUUAGACACAAAGCAAAGGAGCCUUCAGUUGGCGCGUCGUUUAUGGACAGACGUAAGGGACAUGAGACAUAUAAAGGACAGUGCUACUCUUGUAGCAAAGCUGGCCGGGAUUGUAGAGCCUCGCCACGCCCCGAAAGAGAUGUUUGGACUGAGCUUCUCAACGAAUCAAAAACCCCCCAGUUGGAGAGACAACAUGUCUUCACUAUUGUAAGCUUGUUGGAGGUGAAGUUUAUUUGCUCACAACUGUUCGGUGGGGACUUGAUGGCUCUGCAUGCAUGGUUCAACUUGCGCCGUUCAAGCAAGCUUCUGUUGCGCAGAAAUUGAAACGGCUUGCGAGUUCAUUGCAGCAGUCAAAAGUUUGUGUUCAUUAAUCGUCUGCUUCUCACAGCUUUUGUUCAUACAUGUAUCAAACUAUACCCGUUUGACAUGGCAUAGGCAACAAGUUUGUGACUGUUACACAGACCUGCGCCAGGAAAUGUUAGACAAGGGGAAGGCAUUAGAGAUGUGCCGGUAGGAUUUGUGUUGGGGAUAUCUUUACGUCUCAUCAUUGUGCUUUCCUUACGGAUCUA